AUGGUGGGGCCGCGCAAACCACCGGCGCUGGCCGAAGAGAGCGCCGAAGUCGAGGUGUUGUAUGCCAACAUGGACAAGAUGAAGACGCUCACGAAGAAGAUCCAAGCUUCUGUCAAUCGCCUCGAUGGCAGCGGCAAAGCGGUGCAAGACGCGAUCAGUCCCAUCUAUGGAAAUACGCAAAAGCUACAGAUUGCGACAAGCAACAUCGACAAGGUCAUCGAGGCGAUUGAGCGCCUCAGGGCACCGCGCGACCAGAGUGAGCGGGAAGAGAGGAUCAUUAGAGCUGGACCUGGACGAGGCGACCUUCGCGAUUACCUUGCGUCUCUCGACCGGACCACGAUGGCGCUCGCCGAUCUGAAGCGCACGAACCUGCGAUCGAAUGAACAAGCCAUCGCCCAGCUGAACGGGCUAUUGAAGCUGGGAAACAAACAAUUGGAGGACGUCUUUCGUAGCAUACUCGGAGACUGCUCAAGGCAGAAGCUACAGCCAUUGGAGUUUGUCGCGAAGAACAACCCCUUUCCGUUGCUGCCGCAGGACCAGCUGUCGACGUUGCGCGGCAUCAAUAACCAUAUUUCCCAAGCCGUGGCCUCGGCUUCGCAGGCAGACUUGUCGUCAACACCCACACAAAGGAUAUACGCAGACAUUCGGGGGAGCUAUUUGGAGAGCUCGCUCGCCAGUCUGGCUCAGGCUUCGGUCACGACGGCUAAGAAGGUGCAGCCGGAUGCGCUGUACAAGAAGGGCACCAACGGCAUUGGCACGUAUGUGCAGGCCAUCGAGGGCAUCUUUGUGGCCGAAUACGACAACAUCACCAACGUGUUCGCGCGUGGUGAAUGGAUGCCAGUCUGCGAAUCUACCUGCCAGUCUUCGUUGGGAGAAUUCAACAGGACUUUGCGCGACCUGAAUGGUCACAUCCAAAAGAACCUACUCACCGAUUGCUUUCUUGGCUAUGAGAUCUGCGGCAUGGUUCGCACGCUGUCUCUGCGCCUGCAGGACACCACUGGUACGCUCAAAGGCCAGAUCUACGACAGCGUUAAGCCUGUUCGUGAGACGUCGAAGACAUCCUUGAGCAAGCUUAUCGAGGACACUAGGGUUCGAACACAGACUCUUGUUGCUUUGCCAAUGGACGGAGCUGCAGUACCCAUCACAACAGAGACCAUGCGUCGUUUACAGGAGAUGACCAAUUACUUGGAUCCGCUAUCCUCGAUAUUGGCAUCAUUGGGCGAGGGCGGCUGGAACAACCCCUCUGCGAAUGCUUCAUCAACGACACUAGAUGUCAACCCUGACAUGGUCAAGCUGUUCGCGUCAUACGCGUCCGACACAAUCGACACGCUCAUCCAGAACCUGACGGCGAAGGCAAAGAUGUUGUUGAAGGGCAAGACGUUACAAGGUGUUUUCUUGGCGAACAACAUAGCGAUCGUCACUCGAGUCAUUCGCAAUUCGGAGCUUGCGCCUCUUCUGGAAAGCUACGCGGGUAAGCUCGCAGGUUGGCGCAAGACGAGCUCUGCUAUGUACCUUGAAGCAUGGCGAGAACCAUCUGGACAUCUACUCGACGUUCAGUAUACCAAUCGUUCGAAAGACAGGCCACAUUCCGGGGGUGGAGCUCCCGACUCCGCCGCCAUUGUCAAAGGUCUUGGGUCGAAAGACAAGGACGCCAUCAAGGAGAAGUUCAAGAGCUUCAAUACAUGCUUCGAGGAUCUUGUUGCUCGUCACAAGACCUACGCCAUGGAGGCUGAGGUGCGAACAACGUUGUCGAAGGAAGUGCAGAACAUCAUCGAGCCGCUGUACAACCGCUUCUACGACAAAUACCGCGAGAUUGAUAAGGGCAAGGGCAAGUACGUCAAGUACGAUAAGGCUGAGCUCAACAGGUCGCUCAUGAGUUUUUCUUGA